AUACCUCUGAGGCCCUACCUAAAGUUUGAACUUAUUUCUGCCACAGAGAAAACAAAUAGGGCUGACAGUCCUUGCUGGCAGUUCCUGAAGGCAGCAGAGUGUACAAGUUAUCCAGCCAUACCUGUUCCCUGUCUUCUCACCUGUUUUAGGGAGAUUGCAUCUUGGAAACAGUGAUGGUUCGAGAAACGUGCUUAUUUAAAAAUGUCUGACCAGAAAAAUAUUGUGCACAGAGCCCAUUGUAUUGAAAAGCUACUGUCUGAUAACAAUUUCCAAGAUAUUGAAAAUCAUCUUAAAGAGCUGGAAGGUAUUGAUAUGACUGUAGAAUAUCUUCAGGGGACAGAUGCUGCCAAGGCUGUAUACCGAGUGCUCAAGAGCUGCCCUUCAGCAGUGUUGAAAAAGAAAGCAAAGCAUUUAUUAUUUAAGUGGAAAGCACUUUACAAGAACAACCAUGUUCACUCAAUGCAAGUUAAAAAGUCAGAUUCUGUGUAUUUGGAAGAAGAUGACCAACAUCUCAGUGUGGUUCCCAGAGAACAGACACGGUUGGCUGGACCAUGUCAGCAGGAGUUACUAGAUGCAACUAAAAUUUUGGUCCCAUCACAAAGUGUUGCCAAAAAUGUGGUAUAUAAUGGCCCAGAAAGCAACAUGGAUCAUCAGCUUUCUCCUUUUGAAGAACGGCAUACUAAUAAUGCGGAUUCUAAACCUCUUGUUGAUGAAGCAAGCUUGCAGCAGGAUCACAUAAAAGCUCUGAGAUGUAAAUGCUCAGAUCUUCUUUAUAAAGCUUUGACUGGUUCUGCUGAAGACAAAGAAGAAACCAGUAAAUGGCUAGAACUGUCAAAAGAAAUUGAAGAGCAUAUAUUUGCUCUUCACGCUAAAAAUGAGAAGAAGUAUAAAAAUUGCAUCAGAAGCAAAAUCUCUAACUUGAAGAACCCUAAAAGUUGCCACUUAAAACAUAACCUUUCUUCAGGGACUUUGAGUCCAAAGGCCUUCGCUGAGAUGACAGUGAUGGAAAUGGCCAGUGAUGAACUGAAACAGCUCAGGGCUCUGUACACAGAAACUUCUCUUCAGGAACAUCAGCUUCCACAAGUCAUUAAUGGCACACAGACAAACAAAAUAAAAUGCAGGCGCUGUGAAAAAUUUGAUUGCACUGUCACAGUGAUUGCCAGAGGAACUCUCUUUCUUCCAAGUUGGGUACGAAACACAAAUCCAGAUGACCAAAUGCUAACUUACGUUAUUUGUAAUGCCUGUGGAGAACAAUGGUAUCAUAGCAGAUGGGUCUGCUUGUAAUACUGUAACUCUUAAUAAGUGAUUUAGAAUCAAAAAUUGCAAAAUGUUAGAAUACUGAUACAUGGACAUGAGAAGGCACGUCUGUUGAAACUGUAUAAUUUGCAGUUUAUAUUAAUGUUGUUAUGUAGAUGCUGCAACUAAUAAACUGCAAGAUACCAGUUUAAAAAAUUGCUAGGUUAUAUUUGAUGAUGAUUUGAUCAAACCUUCUGUGAUUUCUUUCUAUAAAUAUAUAUGUCAAUGCAUUUAAAACAA